AUGGCAUUCGUCGUCAACUCUGCCACGUGGGCCCUCUCCUUCGGCCAGCGUCAGCUCGACCGCGCCGUCUCGCCCGAAAAGCGCGAAGAGUACUGGAACUCGGCCGUCGACUUUGCCCAGAGGCGUCCACUCCUCACCGCCUUCCUCCUGACCCAGGCAACAAUCUCCUUCCUCCCCACCGUCCUCUUCGCCUCCUUCGUCGCCUCCCUCCUCUUCUUCACCGCCCUCGCCGCCUUCCUCUUCCUCUGCUUCUGGAUCGCCGUCGCCCUGCUCUUCUUCGUCCCCGCCGCCUUCGUCACCACCGGCCUCGCCCUGCUCCUCUGGGCCUGGGGCGCGGGGUCCUACGUCGCCCUGCGCUGGCUGUACGACCUGUUCCUCGCCACGGGCAGCAAGGAGGUCGUCCUCUACAACCGAGACGCCAACAACCACAACCAUCACAACCACAACCACAACCACGGCGAUAAGAAGGAAGGCGUCAACGGCAACAACAAGCAGCAGAAGCACGACAGGCCGCCCACCGCAGACGAGCAGGGCAACCUGGGCCUCGUCAAGACCGAGUCGGACCCCGCCGGCGGGGGCGACAUCAAGAUCUUCGCGCCCUCGGGCGCUUCGUCCUCGUCCUCGGCGGCGCCGGCCCCGUCGGACCAGUCCUAG